UCAAGAUGGCGGCAAUUAGGGUCUGCAUGUACGUUUUUCUUUCCUUGAUAAACUGGAAGCUUUGUUUAGGAUUAUUCGAAGAUCAAGUUGGUCUCUUUGACUGGCGUCAAAGCUAUUUGGGCAAAGUGAAAUUUUCAUACUUUGAUGUUUCCACGCAGAGCAGUAAGCGAUUGUUUGUGGGCACGGAAUCCAAUGUUGUAGCAGCUUUAAAUUCAAGAACUGGUUCUAUUAUUUGGCGUCAGGUCUUGGAGGAAAGCGAGGGAGUCUUAGAUGUGUUGCUUUAUCGGGAAAAUGUGCUUAUAAGUUCUUCAAGUAACGGGAAAUAUUUGCGAUCGUGGGACACUAGCAACGGAGCACUUUUGUGGGAAUCUCUCGCUAGAUCAGCUUCUUCUCCGGUCAAAGAAGUAACUUCACCCUUCCUUGGAUGGAGCGGUCCACAAACAGUUUUGGUAGAAGAUAAUGAGAAAAAUUGGGUUAUUACACUGGGUUUCAAUGUAGUGAAAGCAUUUUCACUUCAAGAUGGAUCUGAAAAAUGGUCACACGAUGGCAGAGGACAAACAGCUGACUAUUUCAAUUUUCAACAUUCCAGUGGGUAUCUUUAUCUCUUAGGGAUCAAAAAUGAUGUGGAUAUUGUAGUCAAACAGUUAAGUGUGGAAAAUGGUGAGGUGAAAGGAGAAAGACGAAUUGGAGCACCAUGGAUCAGCAAUGGUGCUAGCUGUAUUUUUGUCAAGAGUUUGAAUUUGGUUUGUGCAGAAACAUUUAGCAAUAGUAUUCAUGUGAUUUCUGUCAAUGAUGAAUCUGCAACAGUGAAAACCUCAUCAUUAACCUCAUUAGGACUAGGAGUUGAAGAUCUCUCUGUUAGUACACCCAGUUUGCAUUCAUUUGGUUCAUUUUCAAACUCUUGGGAUGAAAGAUCAGAAUUCCUUUUAAAGCUCUCAAAGACUCAACAACUUGUUUUAAAGUUAAACAGUGAUAGAAGUCUGAAACUUCUGGCCAAAUUUACUGAACCCUCCCUGCUUAGUGCUGCAGAACUUGGGAACAAAGCUAUUUUGACAGCAGUAACACCUAUCACAGAUGAAUCAUUAGAGAUUAAAUGCUAUGAUUUAGAUGGUUGGAAACUGCUUCAAGAUAUGUCACAAAAAGUAGCAGUGGUUGACCGUGGCGAACCAGCAGAUGCACUGUUGUACUUGUUCAAUAAAAAAGAGAAUGAACUUGGUUACAGAGUUCUCCUGGCCACCACAGACCAUGCAAUAUCACUAAUACAGUUUCCUGGACGAAUCAUGUGGUCUAGAGAAGAAGCUCUUGCAGAUAUUACAGCUGUAGAAGUGGUCGAGCUGCCAUUUUCACCCUCACAGGCAAAUUUUGAGACACUUCAGGAGGAGUUUGGGGCACAUCCAAAUGAUGACAUUUUGUCCAUGUUUAUCCGCCGAAUCCGUGCCCAAGUUAAACAGUUUCAAGUUCUUGUGAAGCAAUUCCAAGCCUUUGUCAAAGCGCAACAAGAGCAUGGCUUCUUUGCCGAAUCAACAGACAAUGAAGAAGAGCAACUGACAAGAGACCAGUUCAAUCUUCGCAAAUUGAUUGUAAUCAUAACAUCUUCAGGAAAAAUCUUUGGUCUUAAUUCUGCAGAUGGAAGCAUUGUCUGGAAAUACUUCCUGCCUACUCUUGCCCCUUUCUCUCAAAAUGAAAAGAAGUACUCUUUACUCUACACACAGCGAACUGUUGCUCACUUUCCUCUGACUGCACAAUGUAUAGUGCUUGGAAAAUCACGCUCAUCUGAAGGAUCACUGAUACAUGUUUUCAACCCAAUUACUGGGAAACCAAUAAGCCCUGGACAUCUCAAAGGAAACCAGCUGCCAUACAGAGUUGUACAGUCCAUGCUUCUUCCACUCACUGAUGCUAAACACACCAAAAUUCUGCUUCUUCUUGACUCCACUCUGAAUGUGCAUGUGUUUCCACGCACUGCAGAUGCAAUUGAGAUUGUGUCUAAAGCAUCAUCAUCAAUCUUCUUCUUCUUGGGUGAUAAAGAGAAGAAUAACUUGAAAGGAUACAUGCUCCUGUCUGAUAGACAGAAAAAUGUCUUUCAUGUGAGAGAAAUGUGGAAUGUAAACUUUCCUCAUUCACAGCAGACCAUUGCUAAUAUUGCAUCGAAGAGUCCUCUGGAACAUGUUCAUUCACAAGGAAAAGUUCUUGGGGACAGAAGAGUGUUGUACAAGUACUUGAACCCAAAUCUCAUUGCUGUUGGCACUGAAGUUAGUCCAGAAUCUAAACCUGGGAUCUCUAUUUAUCUUAUUGAUGCUGUGACAGGACUAAUCAUAUUUCAUGCCCGUCACAAAAGUGCCAAGGGUCCUAUUCACAUGGUACAUUCUGAAAACUGGUUGGUCUACUGUCUGUACAAUACCAAAUCCCGCAGAUAUGAGCUGACUGUGUUGGAGUUGUAUGAUGGAUACACAGAAAGAAACAGCACUGCCCUGUCGUCAUUCGACCCUCCCCCCACGCCAAUUAUACUACAGCAGUCUUACAUAUUUCCAACAACAGUACGUACUGCUACUGUCACCAUCACAGAGCGAGGAAUCACUCACAAAAAUCUCCUCUUCGGGUUACAAACUGGAUACAUCUGGAACUUACCCAAGAACUACUUGGACCCGCGCAGAAAACCUGUACCCACCCAACAGGACCGUGAAGAAGGAUUGCACCCUUAUAUUCCGGAGCUGAGUGCGAAUCCACUGGCGUUUAUUAACUACAAUCAAACUGUUGCCAAUAUCAGCGGAGUGUACACGGCUAAGUCAGGCCUGGAAUCCACUUGUCUGGUGUUCGCGUACGGACUGGACCUAUACUGGACCAGAAUUACACCAUCCCGGAUGUUUGACGUACUCAAGGAAGAUUUUGACUACUGGUUCAUUCUAGGUACACUAGGAAUUUUGGUUCUUGUCACGAUUGUGUCUCAGAGACUUGCUUCGAUUAAAAUGCUACGACAAGCGUGGCAAUGAGGACAGAACUGAUGAGUAGAGUACGAUUCUGGGAGAUUUCCUCAUUAACACUAUUAUGUGUUGUCACUGUCCAGAGUGGAAGGGAUUUGGCAAACGCGGAUGUUAAAGUAGAGUGUAUAUGAAUAGUUUUCUAACUCCCACUCUGCGGUCAGACUAACACAGCGAUCAAACGUCGAGCAUGUGCAUGGGAUCAAUUUUUGGGAGUCUGGGUCCGGACUACACGCGCAAAAUUUAAAAGAAAAACAGAGGAAACAAGCGCUGUUGCAAAAAAUAUGCAAAGAAAAAAAAAUAAACGUUCAUAGAAAUCUGUAAAAGGAAGCAAAAGUAAGGAAAGGAAAGCUUAAGACUUUCGAACAUACAGGUUAUUUAAUUACGGGCAACCUGUUGAUUUUUCAUUUUAUUUUUUGCUUUAUCAGGAAAGUAUUUCGGUUUCAGAAUAACACCGUGUCUUUUGUGUAUGUUUUAAAUUCUAGAAAGACAACUUCGUUGUGACAGCCUCAAAGCAUUACAACGUUCGCACAUGCGCUGACGUUAGACCAUUGUGUUGAACAGAUUACACUUAGCGUUAAAAACUGAUUAUCAAUACCAUUGAACCUCUCAUGGGUGGACGCUUUCGGCACUACAAAAAAAAAUUACCAUUAUUCUUUUAUAUCCUAACAUCAAUAGGUAUGUACUUCACAUUUUUCUCCAUACAUUUCCUAUGUUUCUUAAUUUUGUGAUGAUUUCCUUACUCUUAUGGCCCCAAUGUUUACUUGAGAAGGACAGUGUUAAGAGAAAUUAGAUGAUAAUCGAGAAAGAUGUUUUUCGUCUUGUCACGAGCGUGGGACAGAGAAAUAAAUCUGAUGAUAAUCACUCUUAGGAAUUACAGUGUUGUAAAUGGUGGUUCCCUACAGGAGGCGAUCGUUUGCGAAGGUUCGACUGUAAAUAGCUAUCCAAAAGUGUCAUUGUGCGGAGUGUAAUUUCCUGUAACUAAACCUCCUUUCAGGGCCACGACCAGGAAUUUUUUUCCCGUACCUCGGAAUAUUUUGUGUACUUAUUUGAACAUAAAUUUUACUUAAGCCCAGUUAUUGAAAUUUUGCCAAUGACAAAAUGUUUGAGUGAAAUCUAAGUCAGAUUUUUGUCUGUUUCGUCGAGCAAAAAGCUAGGAACUUCAACUGGACAAACAUUAUGUCAUUUAAUAAAAUUUUAAGUGUCAUAAUCUCUUUUUUUCGUCAAGUUUGGUCCCAUAUUCAACACCAUGGUUAAUUAAAAAAAGAAACUUCUGACUAAGUUUGA